AACAGCUGUGACUGUACUCUGUGAAUGUGCUCCUUAUGAGGCAUUGUACAAGAAGGAUUCAGUAUACAGUAUAUGGUUUAAAUAGAGCACUAUAGGUAACCCUUUGAAUGACUAAAACGUGAUAUAGGUUUUGUGUUAAAAAUCACUCAUGUGUGUGAAAGUCUGUAUCAGCUUCACACUGUCCUCUUAGACAUCACCACGGUCUUUUCCAGUCUGCCUGCUGCUCAUUUCAGGCCGGCCUACCUCCUCCUCUUCCUCUUCCUCUCCCCGUGGGCGGAGUUACAUCCACCGACGUGCUGGUGAGGCUGGUUCCUAAGACAACCCACGAAACAUGCGUUUGCAUUAGCGAGGCUCGUUUCACCGCCGACACCGUGCGCGCCGAGGUGAACAGGGGGCUCCUGAAUGCACCGCCUGCGCGCUGCAAGAGACGCUGCGAAGAGUGAGAACAAACGGGACUUCCUGCACAGGCCACAAACUACAGCGGAUUUAUGAUGCUAAAUGUUCCAUCGACAGUUUAAACCCGAGCCUCCCUUUCUUUCUUUUUAAACUGCACACGACGCUGAGACUCAAUCUAUUUUCUGCACAGAGACCCCUCUGGGUUUGUUCCACCACCCGCAAGAUGCAUAUGAAUAGCGUAAUAAAUCAAUGGACGGAAAUCUCCAAGAUGUGUAACAUGGAUGUGUCCUCGGAGCCCACCAGCCCCACCCUUUAUGGUGAGUCUUCAGACAAAUACUACCAUGUGGACCGCUGGCAGAAGCUCCGCACUGCUGUCCGCAAACUGGAGUUCUGGGAAAACUUCAGUGCUGAGCUAAUCGGGAGUGGAUUCUUCUCCAAAGUCUAUAAGGUGAUUCACAGCACCAGUCGCAAAGUGAUGGUUGUGAAGAUCUACAAAAACGAUGUGGACCAAGACAGUAUUGUACGAGAGAUCAGCCUGCUGCAGAAACUCUCCCACCCCAACAUUGUCAGAUAUCUGGGAAUCUGUGUGAAAGAAGACAAACUCUAUCCCAUCUUGGAGUAUGUAAAUGGUGGCUGUCUGGAGGAGCUUCUGGCCAGAAAAGAUGUGCCCCUGUGCUGGAGAGAGAAGGUGGAGCUGGCCUGCGACAUAAGCAGAGGAAUGAUCUACCUGCACUACAAGAACAUUUACCACAGAGACCUCAACUCCAAGAACUGUCUGAUCAGGGUGACGUCUCGGGGUCGGGAGGCCCUGGUGACGGACUUUGGCCUGGCCAGGGAAGUGGUGGAGCUGCCAGUGAAAGACUGUGGCAGGAAGUUGUCGCUGGUGGGCUCCGCCUUCUGGAUGGCCCCUGAAAUGCUCAGAGGAGAGCCGUACGACCGCAAGGUGGAUGUUUUCUCCUUUGGGAUCGUGCUGUGUGAAAUCCUAGCCAGGAUCCCUGCUGACCCAGAGAUCCUCCCCAGAACCCAGGACUACGGGCUGGAUGUGAAUGCAUUCAGAGAGCUGGCAAACGGCUGCCCUCAGCGCCUCCUCGAGUUAGCAGCCAGCUGCUGUAUGCUGGAGUCCUUCAGACGGCCAGCAUUCACAGAGCUGCUGGAUGAACUGGGAGAAGUAGCAGAGAGCCUGGAGCUGCCUGCAAAAUCUGACCCGGACACGAGCUGAGCGGUGCUUCUGGGAACUCCAUCAUCAAUCAAGACUGAAAGCACUGGGAUUAUUAUGGGUCUGGACAGGAACCUGGACAACACAAACACACACCUGGACAUUUCUGCGGAAUCUCCUCUGCUCCUCCACACAACACACAGCCGUGGCUAAACUCCUCUCUGAGGUGCUGCAGAUGUACAGUACUAGAUGUGUUUUCAAAGGGUGGUGGAAACUCUCCCGACUUCUCCUGGAGAUCAUUAGUAGUUAUAUUUUUAGGAUUGUUUGUGACUAAAAAGGUCUCAUCCUCUCCGGUCAGCACUUUGUAUUCUUUGUGAGCGGUUUGUUGUAACCAACGACACAGAUCAUCAGGUCUGUUGAUGUUAUUUUUAUCUUCUGUCCACUCCCCACAUCUCCUUUUCAUUUGUCAGGCUUGGAUUCUCCUCCAGCAGGAGGAAGCUUCAUUUGACUGAGCAAGAACUCUCUGCUCUCUACUGAGACUUUCACAAAGUGAUUGCAAGACUGUAAGCAAAUGACUUCAGAAAGCAGACAUUCCAUCUUAAGGUUGGCUUAAGUUGGAUUCAGGGCGACGAUUGAUAGUCAAGAGUUGAUUGUCAUGUCGUCAUAAGUUUAAGCAAUUCAUUACGUCCACAGAACAACUUUUUCUUUCAUUUAAUAAUACUGGAAACUGUAAAAGGCAAAAUCAUUUUGGCUUUUUAUUUUAUUUAGCAUAAGGACUUUGCAGCCAUGAAGAGUAGAUUUUGCUCAAAAAAACAUUACAUGACAGUCAAACUACAGAAUAGUGAUAGUUUAGUCCACAUCGCGUCAUAUUUUGUGUUGUUAAUUUUAUGGAGCUACUUUGAGCUAAACUGUGCCUGUAAAUAUUGAAGCUUUUCUAUUUUUGCUUAUUCCUUUUUUUUCUUUUUUUUAACUGCCACAGUUUUGUGGGGAUCGAAAGAGUCCACUUUUUUUAAUUUACUACAUUCUAGUUUUGUGUGUGAUAUCAGAAAUUUUUCAGGCAGCUAAACUACAAAAGGCAUUUGGUGUUCAUCCUUCUAAAUUUUUUUUUUUAAUAAUCUAUAACUUUAUUUUUACCCAUAUAGGAGACAUGUUUCUGUGCUCAGUGGUAUAAAUAUCAGUCUGCAUUCAGGACUUUUCACAUUCCAUCAUGGAAAACAAAUUCAAACUUUUUUUCCUUUAUUGUGCUUGAAUAAAAAAAUAAAAAAUAAAGUUCUUAUAAAUGCC